AUGUGGGAAAUCCUAAAGGAUAAUGUAAAAGUUUGGAGUCUUAUGUCAUUGUGUCAAACUCAUUGGGAAAGUCAAGUUAAUAGUGUAAAGGCUAUUAAAAUGCAACUUGUUGAUGUAUGGGAAACUUUACUUCAAGUUAGAGAAAAAGAUAAUGAUGCUGCAAUUGCAAGUGAAGCAACUUCACUAGCAAAAAAAGAACUUGGUGACUUUGAAUUUUGGGAAUCAACUGUUAUUUGGUAUCAAGUACUAAACAAUGUGAAUAUUGUGAGUAAAAAGUUACAGUCAAAGGAUAUGCAUCUUCAUAAUGCUAUUACAGAAAUAAAUAAAUUCAUUGGGUACUUCAAGGAUUAUAGAGAAACUGGUUUUUUAAAAGUGAUUGAUGAAGCUAAGGACAUUGCUAUUGAAAUGGGAAUUGAAGAUAAAGAUCUUAAUUCAUCUUGUUAUCGUCUUGAGAAAGCACUCAAGUUUGAAGAAAGAUCAGAUAUUGAUGCCGAUGAACUUUAUACGGAGUUGAAAUUAUUUGAGACAUUGGAAACCAAUGAAUUUAGCAACCCUAUAGAUGUUUUGAAGUUUUUGAAAGAAUUUGAUUAUUUCCCAAAUGCAAGCAUUGCAUAUAGAAUAUUGUUGACUAUUCCAGUAACGGUGGCAUCUGCAGAAAUGGGUUUUUCUGAGUUGAAGUUAUUGAAGUCUUACUUACACUCCAUAAUGUCCAAAGAAAGACUUAGUGGUUUGGCGAUGAUAUCUAUCGAGAAGGAAAUCUUAGAGAGUAUAGACUACGAAGAGUUGCUCAACCAAUUUGCUAUCAAGAACGUUAGGAGAGCCUCACGGAUCGUCGGUUAG